GUCUCAACCAAAUCUUCUGAUACUCACUCUUCCUAACCUACCUCUUUUGAUGUCCAUUCCAUUAUAGAUCAGUUGAGGCAAGAAGUUGAAGAGUUUAAGGUUCAACAACUUCAAAAGACUAGUCUAUUGGAGAUGAGACUGACUGAGUUGGAAAUUCAAAUUCAACAGUUGACAGAGCGUGUCAAAGAACUGGAGUCUCAGCUGAUUCCUUCAACUGCAUAUGUAGAGAGUCUGGAGACGUGUUCUGCUGAUAAGUCUCAGCUGAUUCCUUCCACUGCAUAUGUAGAGAAUCUAGAGACGUGUUCUGCUGAUACCAUGGACAUGGAGGGGUUCCUUGGAAAUAAUAAGCUAGUAUUCUUAUUUGGUGGAUACGACGGGACUACUUGGUUGUCAAACGUGGACUGUUAUUCACCUCUUAGUGACACCAAGAAACGUCUAGGACCAACAAACUUAGACUGUUCACAUGCCGCAGCUGCUGCCCUCUGUGGUGUCAUUUACAUAAUUGGUGGUGGAGAUGGUACUGUGUGGUUCAAUACAGUUGAAUCUUACAAUCCACAAAGAAAUGGGUGGACCCCACGUCCUUCAUUAGCACGCAAAAAGGGAUGCUUAUCCGGGGUAAAUUUAGGUAAUAAAAUUUAUGCAAUUGGUGGAGGAGAUGGAGUCAACUGUUUUACAGAUGUAGAAAUGUUUGACCCUGUCGCAGGGAGGUGGAUCCCUACUCAGUCCAUGCUACAAAAGAGAUCUUCUAGUGUUGUAGCUGAGCUCAACGAUGCAAUUUAUGCUGCUGGGGGUUAUGGUGGAGAAGGCUACUUGGAGUAAGUAACCACUUCAUUGUACUAUCAAGAAAAAUUGGUUCUUGGGUACUCGGAAGGUUGAAUAUAAUAUACAAAAACCUCAUGGUUACAUCGUAUACCUAGAUGGAUGACUCAGUGAGAUCAUUGUGAAAUACCAUGCUCUGUAAUACUCCCACCUUUAAGUUAAUAUCUAUUAAUUCUAAGAUAUAGGAAAGAUGCUGCUGCACCAUUGGUAACUCAGAUGCAUGUUACAUGGAAUAGCAGUUCACAGUGGUUGCUAUGGAUUUCUCAUACUUUGUUUUAUUGACGAUAUUGUGUAUAACAGUUUAGCUGAGCGAUUUAAUCCGAGAGAAGUAGUUUUUUGGUCCAGCAUCCCAAGUAUGAAGACUUGAAGAGGAUGUCACUCCUUAGUCGCUAUGAAUGAGAAAAUAUACGCAUUAGGAGGAUAUAAUGGAGCGAACAUGGUCUCAAGCGUUGAGGAAUUUGAUCCUCGUAACAACACAUGGAUAACACGUGAUGAAAUGAAGGAAGCUAGAGGAUAUGCAACUGCGACAGUCUUUGGAGAAUCAAUCUUUGUUAUUUCAGGGCUGAAAGAUGGCGAAGUGGAGUGUUACAAAGAAGGUCAGGGUUGGUCCGUGGCUAACCUUAAAGGUGCAGGGAAGAGAUGCUUCUUCAGCGCAAUUUGCAUGUAAAAUGUGUAGUUAGGAGGAGCAAAUCAGAACUUAUUUGUUGAUCCCCGGCGGGCUUUUGUUGAUAGUUGUGUAUUACAACACAUCCUAGUUAGAACCAAGCGAAAUAUAAAAACUAGAUAGAGAGUAUAUCUCAGUUAUUGCAUGUAAUGGCAAUUGUAAGAUCAAUCUUAGCUUAUAUAAUGACAACUCUCUUUAUUGAUGUUUAGAAAAUCUCUCAAAACUA